AUGGCUAACAGUGUGACCGUCAACAAAAAGACUACGAAGCAUACCUUCUCUUGCAGUUUCUACCGUGAGGAUAUAACACCUUUGGUUCGAUUGAGCACCCGAGUUACUGGGCAAAAUUUGGAUGAAUUCAGAAAGACUUAUGGCCACAUUCUGCUUAUGUUAACUACUCGUAUUGAUGAGUGGGGUCUCUACACUCUUCUUCAGUUUUAUGAUUCUGAGUUGCGCUGCUUUACCUUUCAAGAUUACCAAAUAGCCCCUACCCUCGAAGAGUAUGCACACAUUCUUCAAAUCAAAGUACAACAUGAGGUUCCUUUUGUGUGUGCACCUGAGAAGCCCAAAAUGGAUCGCAUUGCUGAUGCUCUUUAUUUGAGCAUGAAAGACGUUAAGGAUAACUGGAAGCCUAAUGGUGGGACCCAUGGAUUCUAUGUGAAAUUUCUGAUGAGGGAAGCUGAAGCCCUUGGUGAUAAGGAAAAGUGGAAAGAAUUCAAUGCUCUCCUGGCUGUCAUGAUCUAUGGAUUAGUGAUGUUCCCGAAUAUUCCAAAUUUUGUUGAUCUCACUGCCAUUUGUCUCUUCAUGGAUCAAAAUCCUGUACCCACUCUGUUGGCCGACACUUAUUAUGCCAUCCAUUCUAGGUAUGGAAAAAAAGGAUCAGUUGGGGGUUGUUUGCCAAUACUGUACGAAUGGUUUUCUUCACAUUUGCCUAAAAGCGGAGCAUUUGUCACUACAAGAGACUCACAGAAGUGGCCCCAAAGGAUUAUGGGACUUACUGCAAAUGAUAUUGUUUGGUAUCACCUCCGAACAGACAUCGAGCAAGUUAUAACCAGAUGUGGCAGUUUUGGCAAUGUUCCUCUCAUAGGGACAAAAGGAGUUAUCAACUAUAAUCCGAAGCAAGCACUGCGCCAGUUGGGUUUUGUACUGAAGGACAAGCCUUUGGAUAAAGAGAUAUUUAAGUCUGUUUGUUUUGAAAAAGGAACCAAUCCAGAAGGUUUGGAGAAAGUAAGGAGUGCGUGGAACAAAAUUCAUACAGAAGACCGAACUACCUUGGGGGGAAAGAAUGCUAUUGCUAAGAAAGCUUAUACUGAAUGGGUUGAAGAGAGAGUUAAGGAGCGUCUGUUGCCUUUCCCAAAGGUUAGCCCUCUCUAUGAACAACCACCUGAGAUUUUAACUGCCACUGUACCAACUGAGGAGUACAACCAAGUACAUGUGGAGAAUAUCAGGUUGCGAGAAAAAGGGGAAGACGCUAAAAUAAAGUACUUCUUGGUGGAUCAGAAAAGGGCUGAAUUAGCACAUGAGCUUGAAGAGGAAACCACUCAGAGGGUAGCAAUCAAGAAGAAGCUUGAAGAGGAAAUUACUCAAAGGAUAGCCGUGGAGACACAACUUAAAGGUAGUCAUCUCCGUUCCGCUCGACUAACAGAAGAGAAUGCAAAGCUCAGAAACCAUAUAGCAGAAAUGGAAAGUACAUCUGAAAAGAAUACCCUCCCUGAUUGCAAAGGAUGUGAGAGCUUGGUGGCCCACUGUGAUAUGUUAGAUGGGCAGUUGUUUCGCAAAGAUGUGGUGAUUCAAAGUUUUGUCAAAGAAAGAGAUCGAGAAGUGACCAAGAAGAUGUUUGAUGAAACUAAGAAGUGGAGCGACAAGCACUUUAAACAAGGAGGACCUUUGUUUUACACCAAGAUGGAUUAG